AAACAAUCAACUCGACCGACCAAAGGCGAGACGUUACUAAAUACAUCGAUUGUAUAAACCCUAGCUCUACUACCUCGCCGCUCGAAUCGAGCAGACAUUCUCAACAUGGCGCGAGGAAAUAGCGGUCGCCGGAAGCAGUCCGUCGCGGACAAGCAAGCGGUCGCAAAGCCAAAGGAGGGAAACCCCAAGAGCAUGGUAAUUCGGAUAGGCGCCGGCGAGGUUGGAUCUAGCGUCACGCAGUUGGUACAAGACGUACGGCAGGUCAUGCAGCCAGACACUGCAGUGAGACUCAAGGAGCGAAGAGCGAACAAACUGCGCGACUUCACCACCAUGGCCGGUCCCCUCGGCGUAACCCACCUCCUCCUCUUCUCGCGCUCCGAGGCCGGAAACACAAACCUGCGCCUCGCAAAGACACCCCGCGGUCCAACCCUGCACUUCCGCGUCGAGAAAUACUCCUUGGCAAAAGACAUUAUGAAGAGUGUGAAGCACUACCGCGCUGACCCACAGGCUUACAACGUUGCGCCCCUCCUCGUAAUGAACAAUUUCCUCACUUCAGAGGCCGAGCGCGAAAAGUUGGGAGACUCAGCACCACCAAAGCAUCUCGAGAAGCUUGUCACAGAUAUGUUCCAGGGCUUGUUUCCGCCCAUCCAACCGCACACCACGCCGCUCCACACAAUCAAGCGAGUCCUGCUCUUGAACCGCGAGCCGCCGAAGGAGGACGAUAAUGGCACCAUCACAAUCACCGUUAGGCACUAUGCGAUCACAACAAAGAUUACCGGUGUGCCGAAAGCGAUACGGAGAUUACACGCCGCGGAAAAGCUCAUCAAGAGUCGGGAGAAGAAAGGCCGCGGGUUACCCAACCUAGGGAAGCUUGAGGAUGUCGCGGAUUAUAUGCUGGACCCAUCGGCCGCGGGAUAUACGUCCGCAAGCGACACCGAAGCAGAUACGGACGCCGAGGUCGAAGUCACAGCGCCGGUGCGGACGAAGGUCAUGUCGAAGAAGGAGCGCGAACGUGCGAAGUCGGGCGACGGAACUUCCAAGGCGAAAACCAAUGGACCAAGGGUUGAGAAGCGCGCAGUCAAACUCGUUGAGAUUGGGCCGCGCAUGAAGCUAAGGCUGACGAAAGUGGAGGAGGAUGUGGCCGGCGGAAGAGUCAUGUGGCACGAAUUUGUCACGAAGACCAAGGAGGAGAUGAAGCAGCUGGACGCUACAUGGGAGAAGCGCAAUCAGGAGAAGGCAGAGCGGAGGAGAAUUCAAAAGGAGAACAUUGAGAAGAAGCGGAAGGAGAGGGGCCAGAAGGGCGAAGGUGAAGAAGAUGAGGAUGAGGACGAGGAGAUGGAAGACAUUGAUGAAUACGAUAUGGACGACGAUGUGUGGCAUGACGAGGAUGGUGAGGGCGGCGAGGAAGACGAAGAAGAACAAGAAGAAUAGGUGGGAGGCAUCGACGAGUGUAGUAAUGAUACCCAUUUCCCAUGUGGCUAUUCUAACCCACGCUUUAUGAUGCCGUGGCG